AUGCGAGUUCCCAACCUUUUGUUAGCUCUUAUCUGUAUUACAUUGUUGUCAGCCGAUGCAUUCUCUAGAAGUCAUCGUAGAUACAAACUCUCCUCGAGUUCAGUGUCAGCCAAUCGCAGUGGUGAACCUGUGGGUCUGUCCAAUACAGAGAUCUCGCGUUACUCUCGACAUUUGGUCUUAUCAGAUGUUGGAAUGCAUGGUCAAGUUGCAUUAAAGAACUCGAGUGUGCUGGUAAUCGGAGCCGGGGGCCUCGGAUCACCAUGCCUUCUGUAUCUCGCUGCUGCAGGCGUAGGUAAGAUUGGUAUUGUCGACGGAGAUAUUGUUGACGAAUCCAAUCUACAACGACAGAUCAUUCAUGGAACUUCCACAUUAGGAAUGUCGAAGUGUGAAUCUGCGAAGAAGCGAAUUCGGGACAUCAACCCUCAUGUUGCAGUGCGCAUUUAUGAGGAAGAGUUCACAUCAACGACUGCUCUAAGCAUCCUAGAAGGCGGGUUCGAUGAACAGACGCAGUACGACGUUGUUGUGGAUGGUUCGGAUAACUUUCCUACAAAAUAUCUUAUCAAUGAUGCUUGUGAGAUUGUGAACAUACCUUGGGUUUAUUCUGCCAUCCUUGCAUUCGAAGGCCAGAUGUCUGUUUUUAAUUAUUGUCACGGACCAACAUAUCGGGAUAUGCUCCCCACCCCUCCACCACCCGGUGAUGUACCAAGCUGUGCUGAAGGCGGCGUACUAGGUGUUCUUCCAGGAACCAUGGGAUGCCUCCAAGCCACCGAGGUUCUGAAGCUCUUGCUCAGGAGGCCAAGAAGCCAAAUCACAAGCGGCCGUGUUCUGGUCUUUGAUGCCCUUCAGAUGAAAUUUUCAGAACUUGGAAUAACAAGAGAUAGCAAAAGGAAGAAAACAUCGACUCUUAUUGCAUAUGAUGGGUUCUGCUCCGGACCUCCAGUACAGGAAACCAUCAUAGGAUCAAGUGGACGGACGAUGGACGAGGCAGAAAGGGUUACAGGAGAAGAGAAAUAUUCGUUCCGUUCUAUUGAACCGAGGAAGUGCUUAGAAAUGCUGUCCAAGGGGUGGGCACCAUGGGUUUUGGACGUCAGAUUGCGAACGGAACAUGACAUCGUCGCUCUGCCAUUCACAGACGAAGUCGCUCCUCAUCGCUCAGUCAAGAUUGAUCAGGUGCCUAUAUCAGGUGAUAUUUUGGUGUAUUGCAAGGCAGGGGUGCGCGGAAAGAAAGCAUGCAAUCGCCUCAUCGAACUUGGUAUUGAUCCACUUCGACUACACAAUCUAGAUGGAGGGAUAAUCGGGUGGCAGCGUGAAGUAGAUCCGACGAUGCCGACUUACUAG